AUGGCUGCCCCUGGUGUUCAAUCAUUGAAGUGCGUCGUUACGGGUGACGGUGCUGUCGGAAAGACAUGUCUUCUUAUUUCAUACACAACGAAUGCGUUCCCUGGUGAAUAUAUACCCACGGUCUUCGACAAUUACUCGGCAAGCGUGAUGGUUGAUGGCAAGCCUAUCAGCUUAGGACUAUGGGAUACUGCCGGUCAGGAAGAUUACGAUAGAUUGCGACCGCUCUCUUACCCUCAAACCGAUGUUUUCUUAAUCUGCUUUUCCAUCGUGAGCCCGCCUUCGUUUGAUAACGUAAAGGCUAAGUGGUACCCCGAAAUCGAUCACCAUGCGCCAAACAUUCCCAUCAUCCUAGUUGGGACCAAAUUGGAUCUUCGAGAGGACCCCGCUACCCUGGAAAGCCUUCGAUCCAAGAGGAUGGAGCCGGUGUCGUACGACCAAGCCCUGGUCUGCGCAAAAGAGAUCCGUGCCCAUAAAUAUCUUGAAUGUUCAGCCCUCACUCAGCGAAACUUGAAGAGCGUAUUCGACGAGGCUAUUCGUGCCGUUCUAAACCCUCGGCCUGUCGCUACGAAAGGUGGAUCAAAGAAGAGCAAGUGCACGAUUCUAUAA